CAAUCAGAAGCAAAGCAUUCGUUCUGCCCCCAGAACAAGCUUGGUUUCCAAAAACUCAACUGAACCGGACGCAUCAUUUUAAAGCGCAAGAUUUGCGGCGGGUUUGAGUUUUGAAGAUUAGUAGCGGCUACCGAGCAGAACCCCAUUUGAUACUGCGGACAGUUUAAAGAUGGAAUCAGUCCCGAUUAAAGAGGAGCUCCCUAAACUUGAACUGGUCCCCAUUAGACUGGAGUUCUCUGGACUGUCUUCCCUCCCCAUUAAACAGAAGCUCUGUGAGAUGCCAUCUGACAGCAUCAAGUCGGAGGUGUCUGGGAUUAAAGCUGAGCGCAAUGAAUUGGAGAUCUCCCAGACAGAAGAACCCCUUCCUGUGAAUGAAGAGGUGCUGGAAAUGUUACCAAGCAGAACCACGUUUGAUGCCUUGGACAAUGUGAAGAUGGAAUCUGUCCCGAUUAAAGAGGAGCUCCCUAAACUUGAACUGGUCCCCAUUAGACUGGAGUUCACUGGACUGGCUUCCCUCCCCAUUAAACAGGAGCUCUGUGAGACGCCCUGUGACAGCAUCAAGCCAGUGGUGUCUGGAAUUAAAGCUGAGCGCAACGAACUGGAGAUCUCCCAGACAGAAGAACCAGUUCCUAUGAAAGAAGAGGUGCUGGCAAUGGUGCGUAUUAAACUGGAGCCCCUGAAAGAGGAGGUACUCUUGAAACCAGGGAAGGAAGAAUCCGAAGACUUGAAAGCAGCCCCCACUGAGCUGGGUCCGGUACACCUGCGGGAGUGUAGCGUGGUGCUGGAGAGAAUCUAUGUGAGAAAGCAAGGCUCUGGAGAGGAAGGCUCUCCCAACAGCACGCAAGGAGGUGGACAGGACGACGAGAGCUCACAUUCAGAGUGCAGUCCAGCAGGUUCCAGUCCAGCAGUUAAAGCAAGGACCCAGUUAAGGAAUUUAAAAAUACUGAGAGGAGAGAAAUUAAAAUAUACCAGAGGAGAGAAACCGUAUCACUGCUCUGACUGUGGAAAGAGUUUCAGGCACUCAGGAGACCUUGUGAUACACCAGCGAAUUCACACAGGAGAGAAACCCUAUCGCUGCUCUGACUGUGGAAAGAGGUUCAAGUCAUCAGGACACCGUACAGCACACCAGCGAAUUCACACAGGAGAGAAACCGCAUUGCUGCUCUGACUGUGGAAAGAGUUUCAGGAACUCAGGAGACCUUUCAAAACACCAACGAAUUCACACAGGAGAGAAACCUUAUCGCUGUUCGCACUGUGGGAAGAGUUUCAGUCGGUCUGGAAAUUUUGAAUUGCAUAAGCGAACUCACAAAGGAGAGAAACCAUAUCACUGUUCUGACUGUGGGAAGAGUUUCAGUCGGUCAGAACACCUAUUAAUACAUCAGCGAAUACACACUGGAGAGAGACCGUAUCACUGCACUGACUGUGGGAAGAGUUUCAGUCGAUCAGGACAACUUGUAACACACCAGCGAAUUCACACAGGAGAGAAACCAUAUUACUGCUCUGACUGUGGGAAGAGUUUCAGGGAUUCAACAGACCUUGUAAAACACCAGAGAACUCACACAGGAGUAAAGCCAUAUCACUGCUCCGACUGUGGUAAAAGUUUCAGUCAGUCAGGACAACUUGGAAAACAUCAGCGGAUUCACACAGGAGAAAAAACGUUUCAUUGCUCUGACUGUGGGAAGAGUUUCAGUUCGUUAGCAAACCUUGUUUCACACCAGCGAAUUCACUCAGGAGAGAAACCGUAUCACUGCUCUAACUGUGGGAAAAGUUUCCGUCACUCAGCAUCCUUUGCUGUACACCGGCACAUUCACACAGGAGAGAAACCGUAUCACUGCUCUCACUGUGGGAAGAGUUUCGGUCACUUGGCAUCCUUUGCUGCACACCAGCGUAUUCACACAGGAGAGAAACCGUACCGCUGCUCUGACUGUGGAAAGACUUUCAGACGGUCGGGACACCUUGUUUCACACCGGCGCGUUCACACAGGAGAGAAACCGUACCGCUGCUCUGAUUGUGGGAAGAGUUUCAGUCAGUCAAGAUCCCUUGUUACACACCAGCAAAUUCACACAGGAGAGAAAAAAAAAAGAAAAUGUAAAUAAUGUUCCUGCAUAAAAAUAACUUUUAUCCAUUUUGCUUCCUGGCAUUUCAGCACAGCAGUGUGCUGCUGAAUAGUGUGGCUGCCCAAGCCGAGGAGACAGUCAGAACAAAUCCUUAAAUGGAAUUUACUAGUGUAACGACCUCGCCCUUAGCACAAAGCCAACCACUAUGGAGUUACCUCCCUAUAUUAAAUAUAUCCCAUGACAAAAACAAGUUCGACAAACAGCUGUUUAAAGGGGUGAUCUCAAAUGCAAAAAUCCAAGUUAGGAGAAGCAAUUAGGCCAAUCUUGUCAAGCAAAUAGGCACAAUUGGAAAGGUGCUGGGGCCCAAGAUUCACACAAUUCUUGCUUCUAACUUGGCGCCUUUUUUUUGAUCGCUUCGCUCCACUUUAUCGCUCCUCUUGAAAUGCUCUUUGUAUGAUUGAAGUGACUGAGACACACACUCACAUUGUAAUACGAAAGACAUAAUUUCGGAUUGUAUCAGAAUCUGAGUGCUCAUGUAUCACAGAGCAGCUCUCCUGGUAAACCCUUUGAAGGAGGAAACAAACUGCUAUUGUUAAUUAUUUUGCAUAGAAUGGCACAAGGCAGCUGUAAUAGAGUAAAUGUGGAUGCGCUUUUAGACUGUGUGUUGCUGCUUGCCCCACCUUGUGCAAAUUCAAAGUGUAAAACCAGAUAACACAACAAGCAGGGCACAAGCUAAGCGAUGAGCUGUAUUUGAUUAGGGAAAUAAAAGCUGUUUACUUUGACUAUCUGCGUCAGUCUGGAUUCUUAUAGAAAUCAAAUGUAAGACAACAAAUAUACUAGAAGUGUCAGGGGUGGAAGUUGCAGGUUGAGAUUUUAGAGUCAGUGUUUCCCUGCAUGCAUCACUGUGAGCAGCUCCUUCCUCCAGACACAGACCCACACUGGAAUGUUUAGAUGACUGGGUGUGAGGAGCCUUGUGUUAACAAUGGGAGAACUGGGCUGACUGGGGAGGUAACUGCUACUGCCUAUUUCAAUAGUCUUAUUACUGUGUUGUUACAUUAUGGACAGCAGUGGUGCUCUGGCUCCCUCUUGUGGUCACUAUUAAUAUCUGCUGUGUGUCUCUCGGAGGUCAAAUUAAUUGCUCUUUGUCAUUAAAAUGCUGUUUUUAUCAUCAAA